AUGGAGAACUGUCUAGAAGAAAAAGAGACUAAGUUUUCAGUAAGAAGGCACUGUUUUGUUUAUGACCUCAUCCCUUCUACCUUUUUACUUAACACAGGACCUCCAGUAAUUCACUCUGGCAUCAAGGACCUCAAGUUCUUGAAAACGACCCAAUCUGGAUUUGAAGGGUUCAUCAAGGACAAGUUCACCACCCUCCCUGAGGUGAAGGACCGGUGCUUUGCCACCGAAGUGUACUGCAAGUGGCGUUACCACCAGGGCAGAGACGUGGACUUUGAGUUAACCUGGGACACUGUCAUGGACACUGUCCUGGAGAAACUUGCUGGACCCUAUGACAAAGGCGAGUACUCACCCUCUGUCCAGAAGACACUCUAUGACAUCCAGGUGCUCGCCCUGAGCCGGAUUCCUGAGAUAGAAGAUAUGGAAAUCAGCCUACCAAACAUUCACUACUUUACCAUAGACAUGUCCAAAUUCGGACUGGUCAACAAGGACGAGGUAAGAACUUUCAAAAUAUUUAAAGCACACCUACUGUCCUCCCCCUUCCCUUUCUAAACUUGGGAUGAUAAC